CUUAUAGAUUAAGUAAUCAUUUAAGUUUAAAGUGACAAUAAAAUAUUUAGAAUUCAAGCAAAAUUCUUGUUUAACAGAAAAAAAUGAAUUUCCGAAGAGUCAGAGCUAGGUCUCGUAAAAAUUCUAUGAAUAUUAUGGUAAGCGCCGAAAAAUGGCGGACUUAUGGUCGAAAAAUGUCACGACGUGAUAGUGACCAGUUCACAGACGAUCAAGAAGAUGGUCUGCCAGAAACAGGACUUGAAGACUGGGUUGAAGAAUUUUUCAUACAAAAAUCUUUGGGAUCUGAGCAAUGCGACCAAGAUGUUGAAGUGAAAUUAACCAAAAAACAAACACUAAUUUUAUCUACUCUAGUACCAGAUGAAAUACUUCUUAUGGAAAACUUCAGUUCAGCGAAUCCUAAACGUUUUGUCGGAGUUCUUAUGAUGGCUGAUGUGUCCGGAUAUACGGCUUUGUCCGAGAAAUAUAAUAAUAGCGGAAAAGGUGGUACAUACAGAUUAACUGUGACAUUGAACACCUACCUAGGUUCUCUUUGCGAAAUUAUUUACAGCCACGGAGGAGAUAUUAUCAAAUUCGCUGGUGAUGCGUUUUUAGCGCUUUGGAAAACCGACAAACGAACUUUUUUAUGUCAUACAAUUCAUACAGCAAUAGCAUGUGCCCUAAUAAUCCAACAUUCAUAUGGAUCAUACGAAACUGAUGUCAAAGUAAAUCUUAAAGUUAAGCUAGCCAUAUCAGCAGGAAACCUUAUAUUUUCUCCAAUCGGCUCUGGAAUCGACAUGAAUUAUAUAAUAAUUGGUUUGCCUGUUAUUGAAGCAAAAAUUGCAGAAAGUCUUUGCUCUUCUGGAGAAGUUAAAGUUACACCGACGGCAUGGGGUCAUUGUUAUUCCCGUAACUAUGAUCACGUGAUUUCGGAUGACGGUCAUGUAUCUAUAAAAGCAAUACUAUACGAUCCACGCGAAAAAGACGUCAGCAAACCCUUCGUAGGCUUUGCCGCUAUGAUUCGUCAAGUCAGUAACAAGCCAUUUGUUACGUUAGAAAAUCUUCCUGAUUUCGCCUCAGAUGCAACGCAGCUUGAUUCAAGCAUGACGAAAGAGAGCGAAAUAUUAAGUCUUCGCAAUACAAUUCUACUAGCUGAAGAGAAAAACAUCGGCGCAGAGAUCAGGAAGUUUAUGAUAAGGCCUGUCCUUACUCAAAUCGAUGCACAUCAACCUUUGGAAUAUCUAACAGAAAUGAGACAAGUGUCUGUUUUGUUUGUUACACUUAAACCUAAAGAUUGUCCAUCUUCUCAGCUCAUAACUUUGGUAGAUAAUUCUUACAAGAUAACUUGUGAAAUUGUAUGUAAAUCUAUGGGAUGUGUCAACAAAAUUAUUUUAUUUGACAAAGAUAUUAUGAUUUUAGUCAUUUUCGGAUUAAGGGGAUUUAAACAUGAAUCCGAAGCUCAAGCGGCACUUAAAUGUGCCUACAGUAUUAAAAAAUCAUUGUCAGCACUUGAUGGCGUACUUGAAGUUUCAGUCGGUGUUACAACUGGGCAGGUCUAUUGUGGAGUAGUGGGUCAUCCACUAAGAAGAGAAUUCACAGUUAUAGGAGCUAUCGUAAAUAAGGCCGCAAGAUUUAUGUGCAGUUUUAGAAAUAAAAUUACUUGUGAUGAAGCGACUUUUAUUAAAAGCAAAAUGUUUACAGAUGCUUUUACUUUACAACCACCAACACAACUCAAAGGAAUUAACAAACCGGGUAGAAUAUAUGAAUAUACAGAAGAAAUCAGAGUAAAAGAGCUAUAUAACAUUCCUUUAAUAUCCCCAUUAUUGAACCGCAGCGACGAAAUGGAAUAUUUUGAAAGUUGGCUCGAUGACUAUCAAUUAAAAUUUAGAGAUUUUGAUGCUUUAUUGCUUAUCGGUGAACCGAGAUUAGGAAAAACUAGACUGUUAGAAUGGAUGAUCAGAUUAACUAAGAAUAAAGAUUUCAAGGUAUGUCAUUUGAGUUUGACAUCGAUACAUUCUGCCACUCCGUAUUUAGCGUUAAGCCAAAUCAUCGAUCAAAUUAUUGAUUUUGAACCACCACAUACGGGAUUCGAAAAGGAAGAAAAAAUUGUAGAUUUAUUAACCCAUUACAGUGAAGAUUUAUGUUAUUUGAAUGAUAUUAUUAAAGUUCGUUUUGCUUACUGCGAAGGUGUUUAUAAGCAGAAUGAAGCAACAAGAAAUGAAAAGGCUAAAAACAUUUUUAAGAAAUUAAUCAUGGCUUUUCAAAAAGCAUGCGUUAUAUUUUUAGAUGAUAUACACAAUUUAGAUGAAUCUUCUUGGGAGUUUUUGACAAUAAUGUUUGAAUCUAUGAAUAUUUUUACUAUAUUUACUGUUACACGGGGUAAAUUCAGUUCUUUGCACAGCUGGCUCUACGAGGUAUUUAUUAAAAGUAAUAUAAGAAAAAUAGUCUUAGGUUCUUUAGAUUCUAACUGGAUAGCACCGCUAGCUUGCCAAAUACUUGAUGUUGACGCAGUACCAAAUGAUUUGUGCAAUUCACUCAAGGCUAAGUGCAAUGGCAAGCCUGGUCUGGUUGAAAGUUUCAUCGUCCACUUGUUUUCUAGUGGAGCUUUAGAGUUUAAAAAAAUCUCUAAAGCCGAUGUAAUUACAGAGAUUCAUGAAGAUUUACAAUUUCCUGAUCCAAAGUUAGUCCUACCAGUCGCAUUGAAUAUUAAAGACCAACAAAAUUUAGACAAUUUAAUGGAAGAAAAUUCAACCGAUGAAGUUUCUGUUUGUGUUGUUAUUAAAAAAGAAGAGCUUAAUACAGAUAUAAAUAUUCAAAAUAUUGAUGCACUCAUCAUGAUUCAGAUAGAUUCACUAACACCCUACCAACAACUUCUAUUAAAAAUAGCCUCCGUUAUUGGCAAUAUCCUCUCAAGAGACCUCUUAGAAAAUAUUAUGUAUGAAAACGAUCCAUUAAUAACUGCAAAGGCUGUUAAAAGACUAUUUGCGAUGCGAAUACUGACCUGUGCUAACAUUAAAAGCAAUAGAAGUGCUCCUUCCAGCAUUGCGUCAUAUUGUCAUGGAAGUUUAAAUUUGUCAUGCGAUUGUUGUUUUGAGUACGAUUCUGAAAGUAAUGAUAAUCUUCCAAAAUAUGCAUUUUGCAAAGUAAUGAAAUUUAGGAAUAAAAAUUCUAGACAAACCUUUUACGACCUGCUACCUCUUAACCAAAAAAAAGAGUUCCAUUCUAGGAUCGUAAGUUACCUGCAGAAUAACAAGCAAAAGUGUCCCGACUGUGGUGGAACCAUUAUGGUAGUACAAUCAGCAAUAAGCCUACAAUCGCAAGUAACAAAUUAUGGAUAUAAUAAUAAAUCACGGCUUUUAGCAGAUGAUGACUUAAGUGUUUCAAACGAGGAAUGUGAACUUGAUACUGUUGAUAUGAUCCAAAGUGAAGUAAAUAAAGAAACUAUAAAAGUAAAAAAGUCGCAAUCCGAAGCUCUGGAAGAUAAUAAGACAAAGCCUAAUUUCAUAAACUCAACAAGUUCUUCACGACUCAGUGAACUAAAUAACACCAACGUUUCUCAAUGUGCUCCGAUAUUAAAAAGAAAAUUUCACAUUGACGAUGACAUUGACAUACGAAGGAGGUCCACUAAGAGGGUGACGAUGUCUAACAUACUCAGUAAAAAUGUGAGCUCCGAAGAACUGAAGAAUCCAACUAUAUUUGAUAUGUUUAGAUCUGUUUUAGAAGUAUACGAAACAAAAGACUGGCAUGAUCUCGGAAUUAUAGAUAGUCAAGAUGAUGUGAGUACCGAGGCUAAUGAAAAAACAUUCCACAUAAAAAUAGAAAAAGGAGUAUCUCAAAUUAAUUUUAAAAAAUGUUCAUGUGCUGAUCUUCAUAUCACGAUAUAUAAACAAUUAAUUCAACAUACAAAAGAAGCUGAGCUCACAGAUAAAAUGGUAGAGUUUAUUUUACAAUAUAGUUAUUUAAACAUACUGGCACAUAGUUUCGAAAUGGCAAUACCUAAACUUGAUGAAGCCGAAAAUAUUUGCCUAGAUAAGAAAACCCCCCUUACAAGCUUUGAAAGAAAAAGAUUUCUUGGCAGAACGUAUUCUUUGAAGGCAGCUACAUUUUUGUUGAGUGGCAGGUUCUUGGCGGCCAAAAUAAAUGCCGAAAAAGCAUGUAAAAUUUACAAUAUAAACCUAAAGAAUAUAACCAAUUUAUUUCAUUUCCCAAAUAUUAUAUCUGCUGUUAAACUAAGAAGUGAAAAAUAUCGACGUCAGAAUAUUAUAAUGAAACAAGAUUCGAUAUUUUUCUUGAAUGUUGCUGCAAUACUUUAUUCCACAUUAGAAGAUCAAAUUUGCGCCAGGGUAGCCGCACUUCGUUCUUUACAUUUAAUACAACGUGUUGACUGUAGCUUCAUUGAUUUAUGCGACGCUUUGACCAACGCAAUCCAAAUUGAACUUGAUCGUGGAAAUCCAGAAGUAACAGCUAAUAUAGAAAAAAUUGCAAGUAUCUCCUUAAAAAAAUUUAAUCGACCAAUUGAGGCUGGCGAACUAUUUUCUUUGGGCAAACUAUUUUUGAUCAUAUUUCAAGCGCGUUCAGCACGCGGUCAAAUCACGGCUGCUAUAAGAUCAGGAUUUAGAGCUCUUGUCAUAAGCCGUUUUCUCUUUGCAAUUAAAAUAUCAGUUGACAUUAUACCAGACGUUUUCUACUUAUUAUUAUCUAGAUGUAGAAUUCGAGAAGCAGUGGACGUCAUAAAAUUGCUUUUACAAUUAGAUGAAAAUCAGACAACACUAGAAUGUGAAACUUGGUACUACGCUCUUUGUAUGGACAUGAUUUUAGAUUGUGGUUUUCAACUGGAGUCACCUAUUGAAAUUAGUCGUUUCGCUGAAUUCUCUAUCUGUAAGGGAAAAUCUGCUGGUGAAAGUCGCCGGCGUCUUAUCGUUGGUGUAUGGACAUAUUGGCUUCGGGCGAAUUUUGAGAGACGCGCUAAACAGUUCGAGGAUGAAGCAUUGAAUUGGUUGUCACAGACCGACGACGAUUGUACAUUGAGAACACUUAUAAGCGCCUUGAGACUUGCUGAAGGGAUGUUGGAGAGCUUAGCAAAGAAAGUGGAUGAUUUACGUAAGGUUGUUGACUUAAUGGAACUGCACUCGUUGGCUGAUCAUGAACUAAGUAGGCUGGAAAAAGAUGCUCGACUCUUGCGAACAAUUUAUCCAAGAUGGAUGUUAAUUAAAGCUUAUUCCAUGAAUGUAUCUGGACGACACAGUGCUGCAAACACGUUAUUUAACCAAACGGUGAUAGAGGCGCGUAAAAUACACAAUCAUCUGGAAGAAGCUCUUACCCUAGCGGCAAACUCAAAUUCCAAGCAUUGGAUACAAUGUGCACUUACUGGACAAUUUUUGCCGUGGUACGUCGGAGCGGAGACUGCUAAGAAAUCAUGGCACCAACUUCUUUAUAAAACAACUACUCAUCGUGAAUAACAAGUACUUACCUAUACUGUCUAAAUAGAUAAAAUAUAUUCUGAAAUUUACCUAACUUUGGAACUUACUCAGUUCUUGUGAUUAUAAAUAAAACUAAAAUAUUAUACCUACUAUUAUAAUUUUUUCAUGCAUAUGGUUAUUAUUGAUAAUUUAAUCAUGUAGAUUAAUAACGGAGUAGAUAAUCAAAUUAAAUAUUAUAAUACGUAUAGUCAUUCUAAGUAAUCUUGUUAUCUAUAUUUUUUUUAAUAAUUUGUAACCUGAAUAGAUAAAAUUAAAUACGAAAUAGUCAAUAGAUUUCUUU